AUGGACACCCAUCAUGUGAACCUGAAUUUUUUCCCGCACGAUGAGGAAGAAGAAAGGGUAAACAUAGCAAGUAAUUUCAACCUAUACUGCUCGCGCGAGCUCCUUAAACAGUUAAAGCUAAAUGAAAAUGACAACGUUAUUAUGUGCCGCACGAAAGGAGGAAGGAAGGCAUAUGUCUGCUGCUGCGUGAAGGGGUGUAGUGAGCCGAACCUGAAAAAACAGACAAAGUGGAAUGACGUCUUUGCGAAUGCAUUUUUGUUGAGCAGUUUGAACAUUGGCGUGUCGAGCGAACGUGAAGAGGAGGAGGAUGAUGAAAAUGAGAAUACCCGUGGGGAAAGGAAACCUGGGAGAAAGAAGCAAGCUGACAAGAAGCAAGCUAACAAAGGGCACCACAACGUGCGCGUUGAAAUGAGGAAAGCCGAGCUGUACACCCCCAUCAAACAAAUAAAACUGGAAAUGCAGGAAAUAAUUAACGAACCGUAUGAAAAUUUAAAGGACUAUUACGAUGAUGAACAUAGUAGCUAUAUGUUGCAAACCUUUUGGAAUAAUCUGAAAAGUAAGAACAUGGAGAGGUACAUAAAUCUGUCCUUGUUAAAUACUUGCUUGUUUCCAUGGAACUGCCUAAAAAUUUCUGUGCUCGGUGUCCAUACGCGCUUGACCGUCACAGAGUUGGUCGUCCAAAUGAAAGAGAAGCAACACUGGGAUGUGGCUCCGCUCGGUAAGGAUUUCCGCGUCCCCUAUGUGAGUCAGAGUAGCAAGAUUGUUGUGGAGAGGGCAGCCGCGGUUCCCUCGGAGAGUGCAACCAAGGGUGGCGGCGUCACUGCAAAGAGUGAUGCCAAUCGUGAUGCCAACAGUGAUAACAGCAUUGAUGACAACAGCGAUCACAACAGUGAUGACAAAAGUGAUGACAAAAUUGAUGACAAAAUUGAUGACAGCGUAAGAGGUGCCCACCCCGGGGGAAACAGAACCAAAGAGGGGCCCAAAGAAGGGCCAAAAAAAGAGCCCAACGAAGGCGCACCCCCCCCUGACAGCGCCAAAAUGAUCAAAAACGGAAAAGAAAAGAAUUACCAAAAAAAUGCAGAUAGGCAAAAAAUGAAGGGACUAAAAAAAAUAGGGGGGUACAAGAAAAUCAAGGACGAAAUUUAUUACUACAUUUUAUUGCCACUGUUUUAUAAAAAUGUCUAUGAUGAAUUCCACAUCGAUAUAAACAGAGGCAUUUUGCUGCAUGGACCUCCAGGGUGUGGCAAGACAUUCAUCGCUUUGGCAAUCAAAGAGGAGUUACUACAAUUGAGGAGGAAAUUAUCACACAUGAAGUUGAAAAAGAAAAUGGAUGAACUAAUUAGAUUAAAAAAGGAGAGCGCAGAAGAGCAAUGCAGAGAGGCACAAACGGGCUGUCACAACGGAAGUGGGCAGUUAAUUAAUGACCAUCUCAUGGACGACAUGGUCCUGCCAGAAAUGGAAAUCCUAAAAAGUACCGACCUAAUUGAUAGCAACAACAGUGGGUCGAAGAUUAACGAACUUUUUCUGAGGUGCUACAAGAGAUACAAAGAAGAAAAGAAAUGCUCUAUUGUGUUCAUUGACGAAAUUGAAAUUCUUUGUGAAAAGAGAGAAAAUGCAAACAUAAAUUUGUAUACUUCUUCUUUGCUUAACAAUAUGGAUGGAAUAAAAAAGAACACACAUACCAUCUUGAUAGGGGCAACAAACUACAUUAAUCAAAUGGACUUAGCUCUGAGGAGAAGUGGAAGGUUUGACAGAGACAUCGAGAUAAAUGUCCCCAACUUGAAAGACCGAAUUGCCAUUUUUAAGAAAAAGCUAAACAGAAUCCAUCACAACAUAAGUGGGAAGCAAAUCAAAGAAAUUGCAGACUUGUGCCAGUCUUUCACUUGCUCGGAUAUCAAUGCGUUAAUCAACGUCUCCAUGUACAUUUGUUUGAGGGAAAAUCGUGUUGUGUCUCGCAGGGUGUUUAGGGGGACCUUGCGGGGGUGGCACAAGGGGCAGGCGGUCGAAGAGGAGGGAAAAGAAGGGCAAAAAGGGGGGAAACAUAAAGAGGAAGGAAUAGGACAAAAGGGAAGGGAAAAACCUGGACAAAAUAACGCGGAAGAACCGGGAAAAAAUAACAAAGGAACAAAGGAAACCCAGGGGGCAUUCCAGCGUGGGGAAGGACCACCCCCCCGAGCUGCCCUCAAACCUGCUCCCAAACCUGCUGAACGAGCGCACCUUCUCAAAUACAAACACCUGCUGAAGGGGCUAAAAUAUGUGAAGCCCUCCGGGAUGAAAGAACUCUACGUAGAUAUCCCCAAGACAAGAAUCAGAGACAUAGGAGGCUACCAAUUUGUUAAGAGGUGCAUUAAAGAGUGUUUAAUAUACCCCAAAAAAUACAAACAGGUGUACGAAAAAUAUAACAUACAGAGCCCCAAGGGCAUCUUGCUGUAUGGCCCCCCAGGGUGUUCCAAAACUCUGUUCGCAAAAGCCAUAGCUUGCGAAAUAAAUAUGAAUUUCAUCAGUGUUAAAGGGCCAGAAAUUUUCUCUAAAUAUGUUGGAGAAUCUGAAAAGACAAUUAGAAAUAUAUUUAAGAAAGCUCGGGAGAACAAUCCCUGUGUAAUCUUCUUUGACGAAAUUGACUCCAUCGCGGUGAACAGAAAUUUGAACCAAAAUUUCGUCACAAACAGGGUCCUAUGUCAGCUGCUAAACGAAAUUGACGGAAUUUACAACCGAGUCGAUGUAAUAAUUUUGGCAGCCACGAACCGACCCGAUCUUAUCGAUCCCGCUUUGUUAAGACCGGGAAGAUUCGAUCGAAUUAUUUAUGUCCCCCUCCCAAAUUAUAAGUCCAGAUUAUCUAUUCUUAGGAAGACUUUAAAGUUUUACAAAAUUAAUAAUAUGAUAAAUGCACUGGGGGGAAAUGACCCCCCGAGGAAUUCCUGCGUGGGGAUGAACAAUGAGGAAAGACGACGUCCCUACGUGGCGAGGACCAAUGAGGAAAGACAUCCCUGCGGUGGGAACUCUCCCCCCUUCAAAAGGGACCUCCUAUCACAAGGGGAAGCAUUCGAAUGGCAGCAGAAUCCUUCCCCAGACACCGCUAAAAUGCACACUGUGGGAAAACUACAAAUUAGGGACGAAAAACAUUAUGUUGAUUGUAACGCGGAUUCCUUUAUCCCCACGAAUUCUGUGCUGGAGAACGAAGAGAAAGCGCCAAAUUGGAUCAAUCUUUCGAUGGGAGAAGAGGGUGAGGGAAAUGCCAAAACGAGAAAUGAGGAACAAUUCCCAUGGGGGGCGAAUUUUCCAAAGGGAGAAAAGAACAACAGUCAUGUGAUGGGGGAACACCAAAAGGAACCCCUCCCUCAUGAUAAUAAUUUCACACAGCUGUGCCAAUUUUUGGCCAAGAAAACAAAAAAGUACAGCGGUGCCGAAAUUGUAAAUAUUUGCAGAGAAGCAUCCAUAUGUGCAUUACGAGAGACUCUGAAAAACUGCAGAAAUGAAAAACAAAUGCGGAGAGGAUCCUUCCCCAGAAGUUCUUUGGUUGGUCUGAGCAAAGAGCAUUUCGUCAAGGUCUUAAAAAAAAUUAAACCGCAAACAUCCGACAAGCUCAUAAAUUUCUAUAAAAAGUAUAACGAACAAAAAAAAGGGUAA